UAGAGCUCCUAUCACACUGAGUUUCCAAUUUUUCUUGAUCUCCAUCGUCUUAUAUAUUCAUCUCCAUUUCUAAUUAACCAACAAGCGAAUUUACCAACUCUGCAACGGUCAGACACUCAGAUUAACCUUCAUGCUACAGGUCUAGUAUGGGAAGUACUAUGUUUGCUGCUACCUCCAUUUUCCCUGAACCUCUUAACCUUAAUAACUAUAAUCACUGGAAUAUGCGGGUUAAAACCUACUUGUUGGCCGAAGGUUUAUGGAACGUUGUCAAAGAAACCACUAAACCAGAAGAUGAUGAUUCUGAAGCGGAAUGGUUUGAGGCUUGGACAAUGAAGAAUGCGAAAGCUCUGCAUGUAAUCCAAAACUCGUGCGGGAGUGAUAUGUUUUCUCUGAUAUGUGAUAUUGACACUGCCAAAACUGCAUGGGAGAUCUUAGAAAGAGAGUGCAAGGAAGUGAAGGCAGACACAGAUAUAGUCGUGGAAGAGGAAGAGGAAAGAAAAUCUGGCCGUACCGGAAUCCAAACCCAAGACGAAGAAGACGAGGAAAAUAAAGGUGAGAACAAUACCAACAAAUUCAAACGCUAUGAAACUUUCUUCAAUCAUGUGAGCAGUGGAAAUUGGCCAGAGGCAAAGAAGUGUCUUGAAGAAGUAGGAAUAGAUAUCAACGAAGCGGUAAGAGUAAGAGAUCUAAAAUAUCAAUACACAGCUCUUUACCUUGCUGCCAAGGAAGGGCAUGCAAAGAUUGUGAAAGAGUUAUUGUCGUUUAUGACUGAAAAAGAGCUGGAAGUCAAAAACACUAGCGGUUACACACCUUUAGGCAUUGUCGCAAAAAAAGACUAUGGCGGAGAAUCAAAUGCCAAAGAAGUGGCGAGAUACAUGGUUGAAAAGAACAAGAAUGUACUCACCAUUGGAAUUAAUCCUCCCCACAAUUGGUUUCCAGUUGUUGAGGCUUGUUCUUGGAACAGAUGGGAACUGGCUCGCUAUCUCUAUUCUGUCACUCCCCAUGAAGAUCUAUUGGCAGAGACCAGGCCUGAUGGCCCUCAAAUUCUUACCUAUUGUUUUAAGCAUAUGAAAGGGUUUGAUAUUGCAAGGGACAUACUGAGACGUAAUUCAAUCUUGGCUCUUACUAAAAAUUACGACGGAGAGUUUCCUAUGUCCGUAUUGGCUUGUGUGGAUUCGGCAACCUUCAAUGGAAGGCCACUUAAACAUUGGCAGAAGUGGAUCUAUGACAACUUAAACAUUGACGGUGUACACAUGAAGCCUGUUGAUCCUAUCCGUCAUGAGAUAUCUAUAAAUGUUUCAAAACCGGAAGAUGAUCAAGAUGGCAGUCCAACCCAAGACCUAGAAGAAGAUGUGUGUGCAACUGCAAACAACCACUCUGGUGCAAGGUGGACGACCAAUUGCUCAGUCAUGAAUUUAUACAGAGGAUCCAUGAGGGGUGUCCGUAAACUUUUGGGAAUCGAAUCCAUAUAUGAAAUGAAAGUGAUACAUCUGCAAAUCCUUGGAUUCAUACGUUGCAUGGGUGAAAUGAUACAACCGGAGAAACUUACAGAAGUGCAAUUGGAAAUGGCGAAAAAAUCAAUCUUUCUAGCUGUAGAACGAGGAAAUGUUGAGUAUGUCACUGAAAUAUUUAAGGCAAAUCGAAAGGUUGGAAUGAUUAGAACAAAGGAUGAGAAAGGAAGGAACAUAUUUCAUGCUGCCAUUGAAUGCCGCCAAAUUAAUAUUUAUAACCUUAUAUAUGGACUGCGGAAAGAAAAGAGAAGUAAUUUGGCAUGUACUGUAACGAGUUCUCACGAAAGUAUGCUCCAUAUGGCGGGGAAAUUGUCUCCGCUCUCGCAAUUCGAUCGUAUUCAAGGUGCAUAUUUGCAACUGCAGAGAGAGCUGCAAUGGUUCAAGGAGGUGGAGAGUAUUGUACCAGUUGAAAUGCAUGAAUCUCUAAAUACUUCACAUAUGACACCACGUGAGCUCUUUACCAAAAAUCACGAGAAAUUAAUGAACAAUGCAGAAAAGUCCAUUAAAGAGACAGCAACUUCUUGUACAGUUGUAGCUGCUCUCAUUGUUACCAUCAUGUUUGCUGUAGCAUUCACCGCUCCUGGUGGAAGCGAUAGUAACACAGGUCUUCCCAUUUUCAUGGAUAAAAAGUUGUUUAAGAUUUUUAUCAUUUCGGAUGUUAUAUCAUUAGUGACAUCCACGACCUCGGUAAUUAUAUUUUUGGGAAUCCUCACAUCACGUUAUGCAGAAGAUGACUUCCUCGCAUCUUUGCCUACAAAAAUGAUGAUCGGUCUUUCCACCCUUUUCCUCUCGAUUUCUGCCAUGAUGAUUGCAUUUUCUGCUGCCGUCAUUGUUAUGACUGGUGAUAAUGGAAAUUCCAAGACUUUUAUUGGAAAUCUAUUGCUGGCUUUUCUUCCGAUCACCAUAUCUAUAUGGAUGCAGUUUUCCCUCAUCGUUGAGAUAUUCAUUUCUACCUAUGGACCAGGAAUAUUUAAUAAGAAGGUCAGACCCUGGUAUUAGAUUAUUAUGAUACAAAAUUAUAUCAAACAACCAACGAGUGGGGAGGAAGGUGAUAGUUAUGUCAACUCAUGUUCAACCCCAAAUAAAUAAGAAGUUUUUAUUUUAUUUUAUUUGUUUAUAACUCAUCUAAACAACAAGCGGUGUAUAGCUUGUAAUAAUGUCAGCCAAAUUUGGUUUG